CAGAAGGGCUUCGAUGCAGCGGCCGCCGGCGCCAUGUCCCGGGUGCAGGUGCCCUGUCACAUCAAAGGGGCUGUGGCGCUGCAGGUGGGCGAUGUGCGGACGGUUCAGGGCCGGCCCGGCGUCCUGGUCAUCGACGUCACCUUCCCCACUGCCGGGCCCUUUGAGUUGCAGGAGAUCACUUUUAAGAAUUAUUAUACAGCCUUCUUGAGUAUCCGUGUACGCCAGCUUGGCUCCCCCAACCACUCAUCCAACAAAUGGAUUACCUGUUUACGAGACUACUGUUUAAUGCCCAAUCCACACAAUGAGGAAGGAGCCCAGGAAUAUGUGUCUCUAUAUAAGCAUCAGAUGCUGUGUAACCUGGAGAAGGUGUUGGAGCUCCGCCUGAUCCUACGGCAGCCAUCUCCGUUGUGGCUUAACUUCACGCUGGAGGAAUUGCAAUUUUUUCAACAUGGGCCACAGAGCCCUUCAUCAGCCUUUACCAAGUGGCUCUCCCACCCAGCACCCUAUGAACAGCCAUCUCUUCUCCUUCAGCAAGCCCUCCCUGACCCAGAUAAGGUCUCUUCAGAGGUACAGCAGAUGUGGAUGCUGACUGAAAUGAUCCGAGCCAAUCGUACUACAGCUAGAAUUGGUCGAUUUGAUGUGGAUGGCUGUUAUGACUUGAACCUGCUCUCCUACACGUGAACCCUCCCUCGAGGUUGUUUGGCCUCCAGACUUUGUUCAUGACUGAAAUGCUUUACUUUUUAUUCCUGCUGAGGACCAAGGCCAUCCUCAAACAAAAGAGGCCCAGUAUCCCUUGUCUGCUCCCAGAAUAUCAUUCUCCUCUUUGCUUCUAGUUGGGAUUUUCAAGCCUUCUUGGUAUUGAUAAAUAGCUUGAAUAUAAGCUCUGGGUGGAAACUCUCCCAUCCCCUGGCUUCAGCCUGAACUCUGAGAUGCCGACUUUCCCUCCUUCCCUGCCUCAGCUUCAUCAUAAAAACUCGCCAAUGUUUUUUCUUUAGAACCAUUGUGUGCAUAGUAUUGACAUGGUCUAUUCCUUAUAGCACCUUUCACACCCCUGGAUAGUUACAAGUCCUGCCUGUGUAUUGCCUAAAAAGUAAUUUAUGUCUUCCUAUUAUUUCUGAUCCUGAGCUUAUUUGGACUUGGGAUUACUCCUCCCUACAGUAUAAUUUUUGUCCACAUACUUGUCAGCAGUAUCAGGUCCUUCAACCAAUCAAGUGUUUUUUAAAGAGUCUACCAUGUAUCCCAUACUGUGCUAGGUGCAGAGGAAUACCAAGACAAAGUCCCUGCCCUCAAAGAGCUUACAUUCUAAAGACAUGUACAUACAUAAGUAUAUACAAAAGACCUAAUUUGAGCUGGUUUUCUACCUCUUUCCUGGAUCUGGCUUAAGGCUAAACCUGAACUAAUAUCUUGGUCUUUGGAAACUUCAUAGUCAUGGGAAACUGCAAGCAGUAGCCAUUGUCUAAAUGAUAGUCCAAGUAGACAGAGCCCAAAGGUACUUGGGAAAGGAGCACCCAUUUCAUCCUCUGAAUUGACUAGAACCCCUCUCAGACACCCGUGAGAUUCUGCAGGUUAUCAGUUGCAAAGCAACACCUUUUUUCAUAGUCAGAUUAUGCAAUCCACAGAUUGGAAAAAGAAGAGUUUAGAGAGCUGGAGCUGGAUGGUUUGGGGCCUGUUUUAGGACUAGAUUACUCCUCUCUCUUUCUCUUUCUCUCCCUGUCUCUCUUCCAGCCCUCUUCCCCUUCCCUACCUCCUCAGGCUGGCUUAUCCCUGCAGAUGUUGAGCUAUACUGAGCCAGGUAGACACUUGCCUAUCAUCUAAAUCUCAAAAUCUAUGCCAUGCUAUCAAGGGUACUUGCUUCAAAUGAGACUUUUGAGUAUAUUACUUCCAAUAGGUAGCCAACUUCCCUACUGUGAUUAAAAGGAAUAAUAAUGUAUUAUCCCAGUUCUGGUUCCCAGCAAAGUUUAUUACUAAUAAUACUUCAGUACUUGGCAAGACAUGAAUUAGUCUGUUGAACUCGGGGACAAAGUACAGAAGAGAGGAGCUGGCAGCAGAAAGACAUUCCUACAAAGAAAAUAUGGGCCAUUUUGUGCAGGUGGACAGCAGAAACCUGCCAGAUCUUGGUUCUCUUUCCUCCUGCAGAUUUUUGGUUGUGUAGCU